UUAUCUCCAAACAACCGACACCCCCCGGUUUCUGCCUCAGUUUGGAGCGUUGGGAGUCAUGGCUUCCAAAUGCAUCAUCUUCCACCUUUCUCUUCACUCUGCAACUCCCCAAUAUCCAAAACUCCCAAGCCUUUCUCCCACUUCUUUAUCCUUAGCGGUCAAACCCGGCAAAUUUAAGACCAAAAGAUGUGCCAUAUUAACUCCCAGGGCAUCAUCAUCAUCUUCUGGUCGGUUCAGUAUUGGAAAAAGGCUUGACGAAUUUGAUCCUCAUCCAAAACUCACUAAUGAUGAUCUCUUACCAACACUACCAAGUCAAAGGAACUACCACUGGUGGCGACUGGCCAGUCAUUGGAUCGGUAUCGUUGUUGGCGUUCCGGCUUAUUACAUGGCUGGUAGUCUUGUUGAUCUUGGGAUGGCUUGGUGGCAAGGGAUUGCCACUGUUGUUGCUGCCAACAUGAUUUUGUUAGUGCCAUUAGUCCUCACGGGUCACCCUGGCACCAAAUAUGGCAUCUCUUUCCCUGUCUUGGCUAGAUCGUCGUUCGGUAUCCGCGGUGCCCAUGUUCCUACUUCACUUAGUGCUUUGGUUGGUUGUGGCUGGUAUGGGAUUGAGAGCUGGAUUGGAGGUGAAGCAAUCUACCUUUUUCUCCCCAACUCCAUUAAACAGUCGUCCUUUUCUCAAGUCUUACCAUGGCUCGGCACUUCCCCUCUCGAAUUCGCUUGUUUUAUGGCCUUUUCUUUCGCUCAGUUGGCCGUAGUUUGGAAAGGGAUGGAAGGAAUUAAAACCUUCCAAAAGUAUGCGGCACCAAUUCUGAUGGUACUCACUUCAUUUCUUCUCGUUUGGGCUUAUGUCAAGGCUGCUGGUUUAGGCCACAUGCUAACCAUAUCCUCUAGGCUAUCUACUUCGGAGUUUUGGUCUCUGUUUUUCCCUUCACUCACGGCAAACAUAAGUUUCUGGGCUACAAUAGCACUUAACAUCCCUGAUUUCACUCGGUUCGCCAAGACUCAGUGGGAUCAAAUCAUCGGUCAGGCCGGUCUUCCGAUCUUCAUGGGGGCAUUCACAUGUGUUGGCCUAGCAGUAACAUCUUCUACUCAAGUAAUCUUUGGCCAUGUCAUCUCCAAUCCAAUUCAGCUUCUCGGUCAAAUCGGAGGGUUUACAACAAUGGUCCUAGCCAUUCUCGGAAUAAGCCUAGCUACAAUGACAACCAACAUUGCAGCCAACGUUGUUCCACCAGCAAAUGCAUUGGUCAAUCUAAGCCCUUCCAAUUUCACAUUCAGAAGGGCUGCUGUUUUCACUGCACUGUUUUGCAUAGCUUUCCAGCCUUGGAGAUUACUCAAAUCCAGCGAGAGCUUUAUAUAUACAUGGCUAGUCGGGUACUCGGCAUUGCUCGGUCCAAUUUUCGGCAUAGUAUUAGCAGAUUAUUAUCUUAUUCGACGAACCAAAUUAAGCCUGGACGACUUGUAUUCUUUAAGUCCUGAUGGGGCAUAUUACUAUUCUGGGGGCUUCAAUUCGGCAGCUAUGAUAGCUCUAGUAAUUGGGAUAUUGCCAGCAAUCCCAGGAUUCUUGCAAAAGGUGGGGAUUCUAUCAUCGGUUUCUGAUAUUUUUGUUGUGAUUUACAACAAUGCAUGGUUUUUCACCUCCUCCUCUGCAGCUUUAUUGUAUUGGAUUUUGGCUAGUUUGACCAUUGAAUAA